AUGACACUACAGCUGCUGAAUAAUGAAGCCACAACUUUGGGCACUGAUCCAUGCUUUGAAUAUACAGCGCUGGAUAACUUAUGGAGAGACAUACGUGGUGAUCAAGACAACCAUGAUGAUGACACCCUUGUUGAAUGGAAUGGCUGGUAUCGGCUGUAUUUGAAUGGAGAAAAUGCUCAGAUGUCUGAGUGGUGUGUGAGGGACAGAAGAUGUGGUGGUGGUACUGGACUGUAUCUCAAUGGUUCUCAUCCACAACUUGAAGACGGGGUGGUGACCCGUGAAAUCUUGGGAUAUCAUCUAAUGGGUCAGUGUGAUGAAUUCAGAUCCACCCCCAUCCAAAUUAAAGCCUGUGCAGGAGAUUAUUAUGUCUAUAAACUUGUCAGACCUGAUGAGUCAGUCCACAGGCCUUCAUACUGCGCAGUUGCUUUCGACAGCAUCAGCAAUGAUCCUUGUUCCAACUAUGAAUCUCUGGAUCGUCCCUGGAGAGCCACUAAUGAAAGUGGAUUAUACAUUUGUGAUGACUCUUUCUCCUGGAAAGGCUGGUACCGGCUUUUCUACAAUGGAAUGAACAUCCGAAUGCCAGAGAGCUGUGUUAGAGCAUACAGCUGUAACACAGUCCGCAGUCUGUGGCUCAAUGGUCCUCACCCACAGAUAGAGGAUGGAGUGGUGACCAGGGAGGUCUGUGGGGUUGAGUCAGGCUGCUGUGAUCACAUUUCUUUACCCAUCAGGGUCAAAGCCUGUCCAGGAAAUUACUAUGUGUAUGAAUUUGUAAAACAAUCUUGGUGUGCAAGUUACUGUAUAGAUGUCAGCACUAUAUCACCGACAGCUUCCAUUACAACUCCAGCACCAGUUUCUGCAUUCGACAUGACUUUGUAUGAUGACCCAUGCUAUGACUACACCAUUCUUGAUGAACAAAAUAGAAGCCCAGAUGAUUUCUUUGCUGUUAAUAAUCAUAUAUAUGGAUAUGAUGACACUCGUAUUGAAUGGCAUGGCUGGUAUCGGCUCUUCAUUAAUGGAUCGAGUGCUCAGAUGCCUGAGUGGUGUUUCAGUUAUAUGUCAUGUGGAGGUUAUAGUUCUCUGUGGCUUGAUGGCUCUCAUCCUCAGCUGGAAGAUGGAGUUGUUACUCGUGACGUCUACGGCUCUGUUAAUGACCAGUGCAGUUACUACAGAUCUGACCCAAUCCAAGUCAAAGCCUGUCCUGGAAAUUACUAUGUCUACAAAUUUACAAGGCCAAAGCCAUUGAUCCCAGCCCCUGCUUAUUGUGCAGUUGUUGUCGCCAGUCCACCUAGUGUUGACCCCUGCUACAGUUAUAACAGUCUGGAUGAGCCUUGGAGAGCAGAUAACACUUCGACUGGUGAUCUCUCCAGUUCCAGAUGUGAUUAUAAUGUCAACUGGAAUGGUUGGUACAGGUUGCUCUACAAUGGUCAGAGUGCCCAGAUGCCAGAGUCAUGUGUUGGUUAUGGCAUGUGUGGCACUUAUCACCCACUGUGGCUCAACGGCCCUCACCCACAGCUAGAAGAUGGAGUGGUCACCAGGAAAGUCUGCAGUUCCACAUGGAACGACUGCUGUGGUUACAAGUCUCAUCCCAUACAAGUCAAAGCUUGUCCAGGAAACUAUUAUGUGUAUGAGUUUGUCAGGCCAAUAUACUGUGCAGCUUACUGUGCAGGUGAAGGAGACCGCUGUUCUGAGCUCAGCUGCACUGAGGAUGAACGCUGCGAAGAGGAACAUGGUGUUUAUGGCUGUUUCUGCAAGGACAACCAUCACAGUUCUCAGCGUGGAUCCUUUGAUUUCUCUGAAACCUGUGAAAGCAGCUCUGGCUCCAUGUCUCUGUCUCGCUGUCAGCUUUUUGAGGCUGGUUUUCCUUCUGACAUCUUACACCUCAAUGACCCCAAGUGCAGAGGAACAGUCCGGAAUGGCAGAGUGGAGUUCUAUUUUGACAACAAUGACCACAUCUGUGGGACAAGUCUUGUGGCCAAUGGCACCCACUUCAUCUAUGAUAACUUUAUUUUGGGGGAUUCUGGAUCUGGGCAUAUCAUCAGGAGGGGAAAAAAUCUGAGGAUCCACUUCAGCUGUGUGUACUCACAACAAACCCAAUCCCUCUCCAUGGACUUCAACCGUCUGGAGAGCAUUGUGCACAGGAUCCUUCCUGCUGGUCAAGGGACAUAUCGGGUCAGGAUGAUUCCCUAUCAGGAUGCUGAAUUCACCCAUCCCUUCACUGAUAGUGUGAACGCGGAGCUGGACAGCCGUAUUUUUGUGGAAGUUCGUGUUGAUGGAGUUGACAGCCGUCAGUUUGCCUCAGUGAUUGACAAAUGUUGGGCUACACCUGUGAAUGAUCCUCAUUACUCUGUCCGCUGGGACCUCAUCGUUGACAUGUGUCCCAGUCCAAAUGACAUAGUGGAGCUUCUGCAGAAUGGUGUUUCCACAUCCAGCCGUUUCUCCUUCAGCAUGUUUAUGUUCACGACAUACUUCACCAAGGUUUACCUGCACUGCGCUAUUCACCUUUGCCUUCAGACAGACAAUCACUGCUCAGUGCACUGUGACUCUGAACAAGGUGUGAGAGAGGGCAGAUCUGUGGACUUCCAUGACAGCACUUCCAUAUCCAUGGGUCCAUUUAUGAUGUCUGACAGUAACAAAGGUGAGCAGCUCCCAGUUUUCCAAGUGCAGGUGUCCAGGGCUCCGAGUCUGUGUGCUUCUCUGAUGGUUUUACUCAUUUCUAUGAUGUGUCCUGAUAUCCUUUUAGACUAUUUCCACUAA